AUGGGGGUUGCAAGCAGUCUUCUGCGGCGUGAUGUCGCAGCGAACACCUAUCAGCCCUUGAGCGUGACAAACAACCUCCCACAAAGGUACAUGCACGCUGUACUCACAGCGAGAAGCAAGUCUGUGUUGGGAACGCUCGACACUCCGUCCCUCGCGGCAUUCCAGACUGACAAUCCACUACCUAACGGCUACCCUUGGAGCCUAAUGAAUCUUGAUACCAAUUACUACAAUGACCACCCAAGGACUGGAGUUAUAAGGCGGUACGACUUUACGGUCAGCCGCAACACUAUCGCCCCUGAUGGAUACCAGGUGGAUGCCUUGCUUGUAAACGGAGCUUUCCCGGCACCUCUGAUGGAGGCUAACUGGGGCGAUACCAUACAAGUCACCGUGCGCAACAAUAUCUCUACUCCUGACGAAGGCACCGCACUGCACUGGCACGGGUUUCUUCAAACGGACAAGCCGUGGCAGGAUGGUGUGCCCGCUGUGACACAGUGCCCCAUUCCUCCGGGGAAGUCUUUCACUUACUCUUUCGAGGCCGAGCUAUACGGGACCGCCUGGUAUCACUCGCAUUAUUCUGCGCAAAGCGCUGGGGGUUUAUUCGGCCCCAUAGUAAUCCACGGGCCAACGGAAAAGAAGUACGAUAUCGACAUCGGCCCUGUCAUGCUCACAGAUUGGUUUCACAAGAAUUACAAUGACCUAGUCGAGGAGAUCAUGCAACCUAAUGGGAAUGGCAUAGUAUUCUCGUCGAAUAACCUCAUAAACGGAAAGAACGCCUUCGACUGCUCCACCGUUGCCGCUGGCGAUAAAACGCCGUGCGUCAACAACGCAGGUGUCGCCAAGUUCCGCUUCCAGAGUGGCAAGACGCACCGUCUGAGGCUGAUCAACACCGGGCCCGAGGCACUGCAGCGCUUCUCCAUCGACGGGCACAACAUGACCGUCAUCGCCAACGACUUUGUCACCGUGAAGCCAUACACCACAAACGUGGUGACGCUGGGCGUCGGGCAGCGCGUCGACGCGUUCGUCAAGGCCGACGGCCCCAGGGACGGUGCCUAUUGGAUGCGCGCCAACAUUUCCACAAAGUGUAGCCUGACGAACCAGCCGAACGCGCUCGCGGCCGUGUACUACGACGAGGCGGACGUGAAUAAGGCUCCCGAGUCGACGCCAUGGGACGUGCCGGACCCGGGAACUUGCGCCAACGACGACCUGGAGCUAACGCGCCCGACGAUGCAGCUCCGCGUCCCAGAGCCGGACCUGACGUACGUCAUGGAGGCCAAGUUCUUCCGCAACGAGACGGGGCACCCUCUGUGGUCGUUUGACCGCGUUGACUUUCGGGGCAACUAUAACAGCCCGACGCUGCUGAUGAGCCACCUCGGCAACUAUACUUUUGAGAAGAAGUGGAACGUGCGCAACACCAAGAACGCGAGGAGCGUCCGGGUGCAUCCGAUGCACUUACAUGGUUUCAACAUGUACAUCCUACAUGAGGGCAGUGGCCCCGACUGGGAUGGCACAAUCAUUCACCCUGAGAAUCCGCAGCGGCGGGACGUCAUACAGCUGCGGCCAAACGGGCACCUCGUGAUGCAGUUUGACGCCAGCCAGAAUCCCGGUACGCGAGCCCCAUAUCGUGUCUGGCCGUUUCAUUGCCACAUUGCGUGGCACGUCUCGGCAGGCUUCUUCACGCAGUUCGUGACGGGGGCGGAUGCGCUCAAGAAGAUGCGCCCACCGAGCGUCGUGGCGGAGACGUGCCGCCAGUGGGGGACGUGGACGAACACCAAUAUCCCAAUGCAGAUCGACAGUGGACUUUAA